ACCGGCGCCUCCCUUUCCUCAUCCCACCUGCCCGCACCACACCGCGCGGCACGCCUGAGUCGCCGACCCCAACGAGGCAACAACCCCUUGCCUCUCCUCUCCCUCGGCCGCUGCCGCCGCCUCGCGCCACCCACCUCUCGGCCACGGCGCGCCGGGGACCUUAGCUCCCCAGUGACGAACGCCACACCGGAUCAGCUGGGGUCGCGUGCGCCCCAGGUCACCUCCCCCUCGGUUCGUGGGUCGCGCGGGUGAUUCCUCGGUGGCUCGGUCCGGAUGGGGCUCUCUUCGGCCUCCGCGGGCGAAGGGGCGCAACUCUGCGUGUUCGACCUCAGGCGGGGGCAGCAGGAGGGCCAGGAGCUUGACAAGAUCCUCUUCUUCCACCCCGCUGACUGCCCCAUACUGCUCCAGCUCUCCGUCAUUGGCCUCUGCGAGGGAAUCGUCACUUUCACAAGAAUAUUUUCUCCUGAAGAUGAUUGCGAGGUGAUAGAAUCAGAUAAACACUCCCACAUUUUUUACCAAGCUGAGCCAGAUAUUUGGAUGGUUCUGGUGGUGGAGAAAACCAAGGACAAUGAAUCUACUUGGCGCUGUGGUGCAUUGCAAGAGAUACUUAAAGAGGUUCAUUCGCUUUUUGCAAUGUUUCAUGGACCAAUCCGAACUCUACUUGACAGACAACCAAGUGCUGAACUUGCUCGUGGUCACCUCCGCACGUUUGUCACAGAUUAUUUAAGUGAUUUUAUUGUUGGUAAAAAGCUACAGCUGCCAACCUUCCGUGACAGCCUAAAGGAGCAGGGAACAGUCCAAAUGCUGACAGUCUCACGAGACAUGGCACUUGAAGUUCAGUCACUCACCACAGUUCUUGGAUCAUGUCUUGGAAAUGUCACCUGCCAAUCGCUUGUAUUAUUUGAAGAUCUCCUGGUAUCGACGACGCUGCCGCCGGAUGAUACUUUAAACAUAUAUACUUACGCUGUCCUGAGGCUAACUCCUCGUGCCUUAUCUUCCAAUGCAAGCUCCUGGUCCUAUUUGCGGAAAGGAACUUCUGUUAAUGCUGGUCCCACUUCAAGUUCAUCAAAUGGAACAACUGCAGGAGAAAGGUACCAUAGUCGAUCUCGUGAUACUUCUCCUGGUGGACAAAAUCAGAUGCAUCAUAAUUUCAGGCCUCUCUUGCGCGAGAAAUUGUCAAAGGGAAGGGAUGGUUUUAUUGCUGCUGAUUUCACAGCUACAGAUGUUUGUUGUGCUGUACCCGUGCUUCCAAUAGUAUGGUUCCAACAGGCAGAGGAGCGUAUGUACCUAUGUAUAUAUCAGCACAAGUCUAUCACUAUCCUACUGCUAAUUCCAGCUUCCUCAGUGAUAAAUGGAGAAGAUGGUGUUGCUCAUGUGAAGAAGCAUCUGCUUGAAAAUGCGUCACAGAAGAUUAUCACUGUUGAACAGAAACUGUCACGAGGGUGGGGAGGAGAAAAUGCUUAUCAUGUUAGUGGAUAUCGUUACAUGCUUGUUGAUCCAGACAGAAGAGUAUCAAGAGCCUCCCCAUCUGGGAAAGUUACCACCUUGUCAAAGGAUUCUCUACUCGCCCUCAAUAUGCUAAGACAAGAAGUUGAUUUAGAAAAGUCGAGAUCUAAGAGAACUGACCCUUGUCAUGAUAAGGAUUUUGAAGCAUGCAUAAGAACAAAAAAUAAUGUGUGGGUUGUUGCUAAAAUUUCUCGAGGAAGGGAGCUUUAUAUGGCUUUAGAGAAGGGUGGUGAAACACUUCUCUAUGCAUCCACAGCUGUUGAGAAAUUUAGCAACAGGUACUGUGAAGGAGCAUUCUCUGCAGACUAAAAGCACCAACAUGAGAUGUUACCCUCUCCAUACACUACCUCCUAUCCAACUCAUUGGUUUUAAGCUGUAUCACUCUUCAGCGUGGUGAAUUUGGAUCCUGCUUUGCAAAGGGAAUAAGGGAUCCAUAUCAUGUACUUGUACAUAUGCUUUAUUUGUCGUGUGUUAGAAGAAAUCUAGAUUACUCCGGGAAUAAUGCAGAGCAGAAAGAGUUUGUUUUCAUCUUGCGUCCUUCUGCGACACAUAGGAUUAUGCCCAUUUCAGUGUCUUGUAAAUGCUGGCAAUGGACCUGUCGACUAAAAGAGCUGAACUUUAUGUGGGAUUUCUGUA